AAUUUUAUAAAAUAUACUGUCUACAUGCCAGAACGGCAUGUUCUUGCACCCCACACGCAAAAUGCUAAUUCUUGCAAGUUACCAAGAACUCUUGGAAGGGCAUCAACGGCAGCUCUUGCCGCCAAUCUUGAUGACUUUCAAACAGAGGGCAAGUUAUCAGGAACUCUUAGAGGAGCGUCGACGGUGCCCUUCGAACAGGAGGCAAGUUAUCAUGGGGUGGUAUCUGAAGCCAGGAGCACUAGCGCGGUUGAGGGACUCCAAGCUCAAUGCGAGAUCUCAGAAGAACAACUCUCUGUUGGCUAAUUUACUCACUCACCAAGUCGAUUCGGUCCUUACUCAACAUCCGCCACAGACCCAGAUCUCAGCGGUGGAUCGACACCCUCGGUUGCUCGAUAAGAUCUACGGCGGUCCGUGCUGCCUCCGGAGGAAGAAGCUUGUGGCUGCUAAAUCUGUAUACUUGCUCAAUUUGAAUCCUUCUGGCGUAGAUUUAGAAUCUAGUGUUAACAAUAAUGGUAACAAUAGUGGCGGUGGAGAUUUGUUGAUUAGUGUGUUAAAUAGUGAUGUUAUUGUUGCUCGUUGAAUAUUCCCUUGAAUAAAUAAGACAUUUUUUC